AUGGCCAAGGUGCCAGAGGUGGCUGAGGCCUUCCGGGGAUUCGCGCACCGGGCGCUGUGCCAGGAGUCCAUCAUGUUUCUGGAGGAAGUCACCAAGUACGAAAGCGGGGACUACAGCAUUGCGAAGCCCAUAGCCAGCCAGUUCGCGGCGUUCAACGCGAUAGUCAAGCGCUUUGUAGUCGACGGGGCGCUGGAUGAGAUCAACAUCGGCGGUACGGACAAGGAGCGCAUCCUGAAAAUUUUCCAGUCCGGUUCCACCGCGUUUUUCGAAAUGAACGAAGCGGGGCGAAGGCUGGUGCUGAACAAGGCAUACAUCGAGAUCAGGGACAUGCUGGAGACGAAUCUCUUGCAUCGGUUUCUUCACACGGAAGCAUUUAGAACGCUCUUAGCGGGGGCCGACCCUAAUCCCGGACCCUUUCCCGCGCGCGGCGGGCCCUAACACCAGCGGGAACAUGCUGGCGUCGGAACCGGAACGGCCGAUUCUUGUGAAGAUGACAUCAACCACAGCGACAACAGCACCGACAGCGACCUCCACACCAUGGGCACGGGUGCGGGGGAGGGCUGUUGUAUUUCGUGCUUCCGCAUUUUUAAUUGUUAGGCCGACCUAGGAGGGAGUGUUCGAUUGGUUCGGUAUUGCCCUCGAAGGCUUUCUCGCGUGCGACGGGUGGUUUGGAAGGAACCUUCCCACUUACUGUUGUCUCCGGCCGACCUCGUUGUGGCACCCAGGUUGUUUGCUGGGCCGUCCCGAAUUCUGUGCGGGGUGGAGUUUGCUCUGUUCUUGAGCCGGCAAGUUUGUACACAGUGUAUGAAGACAUUAGCACGACAAUGAAUGUUGGGAUUUUGCGUGGGUACCUUAUUGUUACUGUAGUCGUCUGCCGGGGGGCGGAGCUUGAUACUCGUUCAUGUAUUAUUGUAGAAUUCCAGAAGUGGGGCUAUGGCGGGGUGUGUCUGUCUUUUUAUCCUUAGCAUAUUUUUAGUAUCGACCGCGCUCUGUGUAUAGGGAUGGGGGAGACGACCCAGGACACUCUCACUGGUUUUCCGGGGUCUCGUUGGAGAUACGAAGAGAGCGGCGGCUGAGAUUAUCACGCUGUACCGCCCGCGAGCUCUGCUGUUUGUUAGAGGCUGAGGUUUUUUUAGGCACGCUCACUUGUUUCCAGGAGCUAGUUGGAAAAUCGCACAGCAAUCAAGCGGCUAUGACCGACGUUGCUACGCUGCACCGACCGCGCCUGUCAUUUUACUGUUUACGGCGCUACGGCCAUGUGGCAGGCAGCUCAUGAUCUAUUCCCGUUUGUUGCAGAAGUGUGUUCCAAACCGAUACUCCAAACCGAUACUCAAACGAGAGGAGUGCACCCAACGUGACUGGUGCGUUCAUGACAAGGCGCAUCGACAUCAAAGGUUGAGCUUUCUCUCGUAGCAGUUAUCAUGGGGAGAACUUCCUUUUUCUCCGUUCAAGCCUGCCGAGAAUCUCCCUUCGCGAAUAAAUGGUAAGAAGCAGUGGACGUGGGGGGUGUCCGAUUCUCGCCAAGAAAUUAAACAAGCUUCCUCGCGCUGGUAGUGGCUAGUAGCCUUCGCGGGUCUUAAUUGACAAGCAACAGUUUGGAUAAGAUAUGGGAUCGGUGGAAUUGCGGGAGAUGCGGUUAGGGCUUGGGUUUACAUAACCCCUGCCUCUCUAUUUUACACUUCGAAGUAGAUGAGUUAUAUUUCUUCGCGAAAACAGGCCAUGUUGGCUGUUGUGUCGGCGCGCAGAUUGGAUUCAGUUUCGAAUGGGAGUUGCAGGUCUGAUUUAUCUCCCGCUCUUGCGUGAGCGGGGUUAAUUGGUGUCGGAACUCAUCCAUUUUUUUGGUGCUGCGCUCGUGCAUGUGACUAGAGUAGAGUUGUUUUUCCCGUUUUUGCGUUACACCCCGCCGGUCUCAUUGUAACUUGAAUGAGACAUUGACCAAGACGUUUUUGUCAGGAAAACCCGAGA